AUGGGAAGGGUGAAUAAAACAAAGGGUCCAGCCGGGGGCCCUGCUGCCAGCCCCCUGCCAGCCCCUGCCCCGCCAGCGAGGGUACAAAAGGCAGCGGCGGCCCUGGGCAGCCCGCGGCAGGAGGAGGCUGAGCUGCAGGAUGGGCAGGCACAGCAGCACAGGUACAGCUGCGCUCGCAAGCUGGGCAGCCGGGGGGGGCUGGCUCCUGCUGCCCGGGGGGGCUCUGCCGGCUUGGCUCCCACCGCAGGGGGGCUGGCAGAAGUGCCCACCUGGCUCGCUGGGUGCCCUGCUUCAUCCCAGCGGGACAGCGACUCCACAGGCGCCGAGGCGGCGAAGCUCUGCACCCUGAGCGUCCUGCUGAGCCUGCUGGCCCCUGCCCAGCCCAACAGGUCGCCCGACUGUGGGGGCAUCCUCACCCCAUCGGGACUGAGCUACUUUGCUGAAGUUUCGAAGCCCCACACGGAGGCAGUGCUCAGGCAGCAGCUGGUGGCAGACUCUGACCUGUUUGUCAGCCCCUCGAAGCCCAGCAGGAACCAGGUCACCUCAGUCAAUGUCUCCAGGCUGGCCCUGUCCCUUGUGCCCCAUGCAGGGCUGCGGCUGAGCAUCGACGCAGACCUGGGCAUCUCCUCUGCCCUCUCACCCAGCAGAGUGGUGAAGUUGUCCAUCCUGGCUGACCUCCACGUGGAGAUGAACCUGGAGGGGAACAUGGAGCUGGUGACCUCCUCCUGCAAACCCACCGUGGAGGGCACAGGGAGCAGCACCGAGGAGGUGGAGAGCAACUCCUCUAGUGCAGAGCUGGACAAGGAGAUCAACGUGGGCAAGAUUUGCCUGGAAGUGACCAGGCUGCUGCUCUCCCCCAACGAGAGGCUCUUCUCCCUCACAACUCAGUUCCCGGUGACACCCAGCUGCCAGGUGCAGUACGUGCCCCUGGCUGUGCCCAUGUUCUCUGAGCAGGGCAUCAUCAUAUCCUUGCAAACGACUUUCCAGGUGGCAGGAAUUCCCAUCCCCCUGCCAGUCAGCCCCGUGCCCUUCAGCAUGCCCGAGCCAGCCAGCUCCAGCCCUUCACACCUCACCCUGGCCUUCUCUGAGCACUUCUACACCAGCCUCUUCUUCGCCCUGGAGAUUGCUGGAGCCUUCAACAUGACCUUGCUGAGCCCCCUGACCACCAACACCUUGGCCCAGAAAAUCCCUCAGAUGGCGUCCCUCUUCCAGGAAGAUGUGCCAGUGAUCCUGCAAGCUGUCUUCAGGAGCACACCUCGUGUGGAGCUGGAGGAAGGCAAAGCAGCCCUGAAGCUCUUCCUCACCGUCCACAUCGGGGCAAGCCCAGCAGCUUUCCAGAGCUUCCUGAGCCUGAGCGUGGACAUGUCUGCAGGACUCCUCCUCAGCGUUGUGGACAUGAAGAUGAAGAUCACUGCAGCAACAAUAGAGGGUACUGAGCUCAGCCUGGCAGCCUCUGACGUGGGUUCCGUGCCGGAUGCCGUGCUGGAGGAGAUGUUCCUGCCCACCGUCCGCCAGGAGGUGCCAGCCCAGCUGAACGCGGUGCUGAGCGAAGGCAUCUUCCUGCCCCACAUCUCUGGCUUCACCUACACGGACGUCAGAGUCGUGACCCACAGGGACUACGUCCUGGUGCCCUGCAACCUGCAGCUGCAGGAGAGGAUCGGAGAGCGAAGCCACAGCCGCUGAGGGAAAGGGCAGCAAAGCUCCUGCGCUGCCUCCGAACCCUGCUGAGCCUGGUCGCUGCCCGAGGCCUCGGAAAGCUCCUUCCCUGCCCCACCCAAGGGUCCCUCGGCUGUAGGGCAGCAGCAGACUCCUGCCCCGGUCCUCUUCUCCCUCUUGGGGCUGCACACACUGAGGUUGGAUUCUGACAACCUCCCCUGCUUUAAUUAAACGUUUCUCUCUCAAA